AUGAUGCUCACGUUGAAACAGCCAGUGCACUACGGGUACCGUACCGUCCAUGACCUACCGACACCUCCCUCGACAUCCCGACCAUCACCCCCCGUGACUCUCCAGGAAACCUCCCAUAAACCUCUACCGCCAAUUCCGCACAAGAACAGUCCGUCUUUCAAGGAGAUGUCAACACCUCAUCGUGGAUUGCCUCCGCCGGCAGCCAUGACUCUUCCUCAGCCCAACCCUCCUCAAGGACCCGGAUCUGGACUAGGCCACCCUCAAAUUCCUGGACCACAUGCACCCUCUCAGGUGCAACCACCUCCGCCUCAGAGUCAAUCGCUUGGUUCGUUACCAGCGCCACCGCAAUGGCAAGGGCAGGGCGCAGACGACUCGAUGAGGACUUGGUUGCUUGCAAAAACGGAGGAGGAAAGAAGGAGACAGGAAGAAGAAAAGACUAGACAAGAAACACUGCGGUUGGAGCAGAGGAGGCUAGAACAUGAUAUGCUCCGUACAUCUUUAGAUCGCGGCAUACCGCCGCCCAUGGUUCCCGUGGUAUUUGCUGGCAUGAGCGGAGGUGUUCUGCCACAGGCAGCCUUGGAAUGGGCGCAACAAUACUUGGCACCACAGCACGGCCAUCAGCCUCAACUACCGCCCGCCCAAGGGCCUAUGUCACCGGAGCACCGGAGGGAUUCCGUGUCCCAUGGAUACGCCUACGCGGGGUCUGUGGGAGUACCGUCUACGCCGGGUUCAGGUGCUGGUCCUCAGAGCGGGUUUGUGCCAUACCAAGGCCCGGGCUCCCCAACAAGAGCGAGAGCACACACGAUGUCAGUUGCUGGGGCAGUUGGGCGACCGCUUGGGAGCUCCUUGCCUCGAAUCAGCACGAACGAAAUGGCAGCAACAGCAGCAGCACCGUCGGGCGCCCCCUCCCACACGCAUUCAUUUGCCCAGCAACAAUCCGUCUCGCAACAACAAGAGACACAGUCCCCAUCCAUUUACUUCCACCACUGGCAGCCGCCCACUUCGCAGAGCAGCUCGAGCCAGCCCCCAACCCCUGCCGUGGACUCGCCGAGGAAGCGGAAGGCUACGGGCCCGCAGCAAGCAGCACCUCCCCCGAAUACACAAGCCAGCAGGAGGUCCCCCCCUUUUGGUCACUCGAUGGGCCCAUCGACCAUCUCAAAUCCGCCCCCGGGCCGGCGGCGUGGCCACUCGCGCCAGAGAAGCGAUAUAUCUUCGUAUAGGUCUCGCGCCCGAGGGGACAGCUUCGGCCCAUCGAGAGCGUUGUCCCCCGGUCUGAACGCGACCCGAGAAGGCGCACCACUCGAGGGUUCGCUGCAUACCCGAGGUAGUGCGCACUCGGUGUCGUCGCUGCUGUCGGACCAUGCGUCGCCACGGUACGGGUCGGAGAUGAGGGGCCAGAAAGGGGAGCCAGAGCGAAGGCAGUCCCCCGGCUCUUCUGACGAUAAAUCGCGUGGUGGCGCCGCAGGAUCAGCACCACAUGCGCGCGAACGAGAACAUGAUUAA